AUGAAUGUCAUAGGACAGGUGGAGAUUGUUAUCAUCUUCGUACUUGUGUACAGUGCAGUCUGCACAAAGCUGGAGAAGUCAAAUUUAAAGAGACCAAAGCACCGGUACCAGGCAGCUUCCCUGCGGCAUACCUCUUCACCUGAUGGGAAUAGACGGGAGACACUCAGUACCAACGCGACCGUCGUACCUUCAACAUCAGCUGUUCAAUUUCUUAGUACGGAUUGUACGAUAACAACCGUACGUGUGACUGACGCGACGGAGUAUAACGGGUACGGCGGUAUCCCAAGACAACAGAGUCAAGCAACGUCGAGCGAAGCUGCUGUUUUGGAGACCGCUGAACGAGCCUGUCCUGCCUGACUAUACACUGACAGA